GAAAAGGCACAAAACCCUAUUGAGGGCUCUCAGGCGCUCCCAACGUAACUGUCACAUGGAGGAACCGGGUCCACACUAUUUAAACUGCAACACUCUCCUUCAGCACCACUCCGCUGUCCAGCCACGCGAACUACACUUCAGGAAAGAGAAAGAGGUAGACAGACAGACACAUAGAUAGAUAGAGAGAGAUAGAGUAAACACAAAAAACUUAAUUUGUGAAGAGAGAAGCUUGUGCACACAAAAAUGCCGAGGUCUUUUCUUGUGGAUUCGUUGAUUUUGAGGGAGGCAAGUGAUAAAGGGACUGAAAACAAUCCACCUUUAUUUCCGUAUGCCGUGCAUCCAUCGCACACUCUCCACGGGCUUUCUCCGGGGUCCUGCCAUUCUAGGAAGUCGGGCUUGUUGUGCUUCUGUCCGCUCUGCGUGACCGCAUCACAGCUACACCCAACACCUCCGGCUAUCCCGCUCCUCAAGGCGUCCUUCCCUGCCUUUGGUUCCCAGUACUGUCAUUCUGCGCUGGCGAGGCAGCACACGUCCUCAGCUAGUGUCAACCUCAACCACGGCCCAGGGAUAUACCAAGCAACAUAUCCAGUUCCGGAUCCACGCCAGUUUCACUGCAUCUCCAUUGAGAGCAACAGUAGUCAACUCCAGAGCAGUAAACGCAUGCGUACAGCCUUCACCAGCACUCAGCUCCUGGAGCUCGAGAGGGAGUUCACUUCCAACAUGUACCUCUCGAGACUGAGGCGCAUAGAGAUCGCCACGUAUCUGGACCUCUCCGAAAAGCAAGUUAAGAUCUGGUUCCAGAAUCGCAGAGUCAAGCACAAGAAAGAGGGCAAGAAUGGUUCGCACCGGACGGGUUCUCACAGUUGCAAGUGCUCCUCUCUGUCAUCCGCGAGGUGCUCAGAGGAAGAAGACGACCUACCUAUGUCUCCUUCAUCAUCAGGGAAAGAAGACGGAGAGCUGUCUGUCACCCCAUGAACUCUCAAUUAUCCCAGAGACUGUUGUGCCACCUGUUGGAUUCUGAACGCAGCCAAAAAGUUAACUGUACAUAAUUCUGACUAUGUCAUCUGUAAAUACAGAAAAAGAUAUAUAAACUGGGAGUUUGUAAACACCUGUAUUAUUGCAUAAUUUAGUAAAUGCUGUAAGUUUGUAGUUUUUCUGAAAACGAUCAAUCUCAACCGUGAGUUGCCUAUCCAAAUUCAGUCUAUAAUCGCUGAAAGCGGUUUGAUAUUUGUAUAAUAAAUAUCAGAAUAUACUCAUAUAAAUAGCACAUUUGUUAGUGAUAUCUAUUUUUGGAAAAUAAAUAAUAGUUAAGUAUUUUGUAUCAAUGGUGAAUACUGUUUAGCUUUAUUGCUGUGGACUUGGAUGGGAACGGAACUGAAUUAUGGAAUGUGUUUGGAAACGUCUAACAGUGUUUUCUGACGAUGUUGCGUAGCCUAAAUGGAACGGUUCUGUUAUUGUAUUGUCAGUGUAAUUGAAUAUAUUUAUUUAUUUAAAAAGCAAUGAUACUUAAAUAAAUAAUUUCGUAGUUACGAA